AUGCCACCACGCUACUUCAAGAAUGAUGAGGCUCUCAGCAGCAGAGAUCCACACAAACAGCUAAUAGCCUCACUCACUCGUCUGGUCGUCCAGUAUCCACCUGCUGAGGUGCGCGCUGGCGGCGGCAUUUACAACGGGCCUACCAGCGUCGCUUACCUUUUCCUGAUUCUACAGCAGUUCUACUCGGACCUCAUCAUCGAAGGCAUUCAGCUCGGUACCUGGUCUGCCGCCUACCUCAAACAGUCACAAGACCACAUCAAAUCGUUCCCUGGUCCUCGUGUUGGCAAAUGUGGCAUCGCUGACGACAUUCUGGCGCUCUUGGCCAUCGGAGCCGCUAGCUCCAAAGAUGCAGACAUGGCAACAGAACUCUGCGAUUAUGCUGCCGAAGUCCUCGACGAUGACAGCGAAAAUGAGUGGCUCUAUGGGAGAGCAGGCUAUCUCUACUACCUUCGUCUGGUCAAGGCUGCCUUCGUCGAUGAUGCCAAAGUAUCGCAGAUGAUCACAGACACUCAGGACGAUGUUGUAGAGGCCAUCCUGAGGUCACCAAGACCGUGGAAGUGGCACGGCAAGAGCUACGUGGGCGCUGUCCAUGGCCUUGUCGGCAUCAUCACUCAAGUCACCCUUACCGAUCCCGAGCGCUACGCCAGAGCUGUCGAGGCCGACCUCUCCGUUCUACUGACCUACCAAUACGAUACUGGCAACUGGCCUAGCAGCCUUCCACCAGGAAAGGACAAGCUUGUUCAAGUGUGCCAUGGAGCCCCCGGAGUGAUCAACUCUCUUCUCUCGAUCAAGAGCCAUUUCCCAAAACUUGAAAGCAGGAUUGACAGCGCAAUUCGCAAGGGUAGAGAAUGCAUCCUGGAACGCGGCCUCCUCACCAAGGAGCCAUGCUUGUGUCACGGCAUCUCUGGCAAUGCACUUGCGCUGGACAACGAACAAUGCCAACACUUUCUGACCUAUACGACCGGCCACGAGAUGAAGGGGCUGGAAAAGGAUGGCUUGGUCGAAAAGUCGGACAAUCCGGAGGGGCUGUGGUGCGGUGAGGCAGGUCGUGCAUGGGCGUGGGCUGUCAUGGACAAGGGGCUGCCAAAGAGGCUGCUUGGCUACAAUGACAUCUGA